AUCAAAAGUGCAGACUCACAUACAAAAGAAAGCUGCUUGACUCUUAUUCCAUGCAAAGGACGAUAUUCUUUGCGGGUAAUCUAAAGCAAGUGCGUUCUGCAGCCUACUGGUUAACUUGCUCGCCGACAGCGAGAACGACGGGAGCAGCUCGAACACUCCGACUUUGUGAAUUUCACUGCAGCGCUACGCAAUUCAAACAAAUACCACCUAAGAGACCAAAAGCGGGUUUUGACGAAAUAUCUUCCUUCCUAGCAGAAAAUACAUCGGUAUUCAAGAAAAACCCAGAGCUACAUAGAAAAGCCUUGAACAUGAGCCUGGUGGUCCCGAUAGUGACUGCGCCGGCAGGAAAGAAUGAGUCUACACCGGCAGGAGAGAAUGAGUCUACACCGGCAGGAGAGAUUGAGUCUACGCCGGCAGGAGAAAACGAGUAUACGCCGGCAGGAGAGAAUGAGUCUACGCAAGUCGACGGCGCGGCGACGGAUUUAAAGAGACCGAAUCCAGAGACUCGUGAGAAAAUUCCACAGCCUUUCAGAAAGAAAACGAGAAAAGAAAAGAUGAAAAAAACGCUUGUGACGGUCGAGCCGAUGAGUACGGAGGGGUACCUUCUCUUGGACAUCCUUGAUUUGCGCAGACAACACGGCCUUCCCGUCGAACUCAAGACGAAAGAUACCAAGAAAGGUGCCAAGUAUAAAUUGGCACAUGUCACGAAAGUGGUGCCUGCCAGAGAGGAGGACAUCAAUAUCGUUGUGCUGAGCUCGACCGGCGACGGACUCGGCCUUUUAUACGCGGAGGACGGCUCGGUUGAGAACGUCGUCGUUGUGCCUUAUUCGAUUCCAGGAGAUGUUGUGCGCGCGAAGCUUUACCAAUAUCACCAGUUUCAUAUCCAAGCGGAUCUCAUUAGUAUCGUCAGCUCGGGUCCAGAGCGCGACGACAGCCUCAUCCGCUGCAAAUACUUUAGCAUGUGCGGAGGUUGCCAGCUGCAGAUGAUGCCUUAUGAAGCGCAACUCGAGCACAAGCGAACCGUGAUCAAGCGGGCUUACGAGCAUUUCUGCCCCGAUGCGCCGGCGGGCGCGAUUCCAGAGAUCGGUUCGACGAUUAGUUCGCCGCUCGAGUACGGAUAUCGUACGAAGCUUACACCGCACUUUGACAUUCCUCGCCACGGACAUGUGCCCGAGCCGCUGCCGAUCGGGUUUACUCAGAAAGGCCGGUCGCACGUGGUGGAUAUCGAAGAAUGCCCUCUUACGACUCCGGCUAUCAAUGAAGCAUAUGGAAAGGCGCGCGACGUGAUUAAGGACAAAAAGCACUUGUUCAAGCGUGGCGUGACUCUGAUGUACAGAGAAAGUGUGAAAGAAAACAGCGAGACAAACGAACGCGAGACCGAAGUGAUUACAGAUUUUAAUGCGACAGUUACCGAAUACGUCAACGAUUUCAGAUUCAAAUAUACGGCUCGCGACUUCUUCCAGUGUAAUAGCUCAGUUCUACCAAAGGUCACGGAAUACGUGAGAGAGCAACUCCGCCGGGCGGUGCCUCCACUAGAAGACGGUUCGCCGGCUCCUCCUCUCAAAUAUCUUGUCGACGCCUACUGCGGGUCAGGCCUGUUCGGUAUCACAUGCAGCAAGGACAUCGACGAAGUCAUCGGCGUCGAAGUCUCCAAGAUGAGCGUCGAGUGCGCGAUGCUCAACGCCGCCGACAACAACGUGAACAACGCGACUUUUGUGGAGGGCGACGCGGCCGUCAUCUUUGGCAAGAUCCGCACGCCGGCAAACCAGACCACCAUGAUUCUCGACCCGAGCCGAAAGGGCUGCGACGAGCGGUUCUUGAACCAGCUGCUGGAUUACCAGCCGAGAAGGGUUGUCUACGUGUCGUGCAAUGUACACACUCAGGCGAGAGACGUUGAGUACAUCUUGAAGAGCGAGAAGGGCGCGCAUUAUGUAGUGGACAGUCUGCGCGGGUUUGAUUUCUUCCCGCAGACGCAUCAUGUGGAGAGCGUUGCGGUGUUGACGAGAGUGGGCAGUUAUUAGGCGCAGCAGAUGGAUACGGCUUUAUAAACACACGGACUUGUACAUACAUACACUGUAGAAUCGACUACACAUAAUACAAAAUCUCUCUUUGCCGUACAGGCUGCGUACAUUCUGAAUAGUCAUCCGGCUGCAGCAGAACGCCUUCGUCCGGUCUCGUGAAGAUCACAUGACUAA